AUGGAAGCCGGUAGCUGGCGACGUGACCAGUUCGCUGGUCUCUGGCAUUGAGCCACAGAUCUCUCGGGAGGUAAAGAGGUGGCACCGAGUCCCGGAUACCCCGAGGGAUCAAUGGAGAAGCCGCACCGCGCCACAGAUCUCCCGGUGGACAGAGAAGCCCGCCUGCAGGUUUUGUAGCUCGGUAAGUUUUCUGACCUAGUAACUGUGGCCGGACCACCGGUGCUCAGCUCAGACGCUGCUUUUCAGCUCUGACUCUGAAAUGUGGGCGUUGACUGUAAAAAUCAACAAAGACUUCCUGAAAAAGUUAUAACUGCUUUGGAACAAAGCAAAGAUGUGGAGCUUUCAGAACUUCUUUUUCAUUCUUGGCAUCUUUUUCUUGUCUUACUUUCCAGCUUCUCUGAGUUGUGUGAGCAGUGGAGCAGGUGUGAUCCAUGUGUUUGGAUAUGAGGGCAGAGAUGUUAAGAUUCCCUGUGAAUAUGGUGACGGUUAUGAGGAUUAUGAGAAGUAUCUGUGUAAGGACGACUGUGGUCACAGUGAUAUUCUGAUUACGACAACACAAACAAAUAAAACCAAAUACUUCAUCUAUGAAGACAGAAAGACGAGAAUCUUCACCGUGACCAUCUCUGAUCUGAGUGCUGUGGAUGCUGGAAAAUACUGGUGUGGUGUGAGCAGGAAUGGAAAAGACAUCUACACUGAAGUACAACUGGACGUAAGACAAGACAUCUGCUGUGAUGAAGUGAAUAAAAUCCAAAGUCAUGAGGAAGCCUCAGUGUCCAUCAGCUGUCCGUAUGAGUCUCAGGAUAAGAACAACCUGAAGUACCUCUGCAGAGGAAAGCAGCCCUCCACAUGUCUGCAGCAGGCAGUAAUCACCUCAAACAGCACCCAGAACAGACGGUUCAGACUCACCGAUGACAAGACGACAAGAUUCACAGUGAACAUUGCCAGUCUGACUCUAGAAGAUUCUGGGUUGUACCUUUGUGGUGUCCAUAGAAACACAGGACUGGAUGUUUUUACUGCUGUUGAGCUAAAGGUCAAAGAAUGGUGCUGUCUGAAGUCAAAGAACAUGAGCGGCAUUGUGGGACGUGCAGUAACUCUGCAGUGUCCUUAUCCACCACAACAUCAGAACAACAGGAAGUUCCUCUGCAAAGGAGACAAACACAACAGCUGCACAGAUAUGACGAACCAAAGCAGGUUCACACUGCACAAUGUUUCCUCCCACUCUUUCUUGGUGACAAUCAAGGACCUGGAAGCAGGUGAUGCUGGGACGUACUGGUGUGGAUCAGAUGCACAGUGGAGUGUUGGAAACUACACCAAGAUUUAUCUGUCAGUAGAGUAUCAGCAGGAAACCAUCACUGUGGAAAUUUUCUCAAUCAAUUCAUCGCAUGUUCCAGGAAAACCCUUUGAAGAUGCCGGUCUCAAUGUGGUUCUCCCUGUUUCUGCGGUGCUGCUGCUAAUCAUGGCAUCUGUGCUGGUCAUAGUUUAUAAGCGCAAAUGUUCCAAAGACAGAGGAGACAGAAGCAAACCAAAGACUGUGGACACACAGGGAGUGGUGGAUUCAGAGGAUCUUAAUGAAAUUCAUGAUGCUGUUGUAAAAAUGAAGCGUUACCAUCCUGAUGAUACCGAUGAGGACCAACCAGACUAUAAAGACGUCUCAUCAGAGCAAAUCUACAACAAUGAAUUCUAGAGUAAAACCAAUAAAUGAAGAAGAACCUGCACAAACACGCAGAUUGUAUUCAUGUGUGAAACAUCAGCUGCAUCUUCCUGAAAACUUUGUUUGUCUUUGACUUCAUGUAUUUAUCAUAUUUUUAGAAUACAUUUACCUUUAAAUAUUUGCUUCUCACUUGCAAUAACUUUUAUUGUUAAUUUGCAAUAGCAAAAUGAGGAAUACGAUGCAAACUGCAGGUUUAUACAAUUAAUUUUGUCAGAGAAAAUGAGAAAAGAGGAGUUUGGGAUGAGUAUAUCACACUUCCUUCACAUACAGAUGCUAGAAAGACUUCUGCAAAUGAUACAGGUUUUGUUAUUGUUUAAAGAAAAGUAGAACAUUGAAGUUUCUCUCUGGGAUUAAUUAAAUAUUUUCUUUUUUAUUUAAUUUAAUCUCAUAUUUGUAUCCUCACUUGAGGACCCUCCAAUAAACGUUUUUCCUCCUCAAUCCUACUUUUAGGAAUAGACACCUUUAGUUUACUUUCUGAGUUACAAACAUCUCUAAGGUGCUCUUUAUUAUUAUACCUGAUCAUCUUUCUGACCUGUUGGCAAUCCGUCUAAAUUUCUGGAUCAUGUUCCUCCAACUGUGUCUUUUUAGUAUAAUUUACUAUGACAGUAUAUAGUUGCCCUUGGUCCUGCCUUUUUUAUAAUUCAUUGCUUCAAUCAAAUUCAAGAUGAACUAUUGCUUUUCAAGAAAUUGUAAAACGUCAGAAUUUUGACAUUUUAUGUUUUCUUUAUUUUUGCUAUCAAUAAAACAGUGGUUUAUGGAAUCA